CUGGCCUUUCUCUGUAUUUGCUGUUCUGCCGUUGCUUCGGCUAUUUGACUAAUCGUACCUGCCUUGAUGCCUCCAUAAUUCCUAACGCCGGCGAACUACACUCCUUUCCUGACGACACUCCGUCCCGCUCCCCGGACCUCUGAUGUCGCAACAGUCAAAUGACUCCCACCCACCCCCUUCUAUGGUCGCACCUUCCGAUCCGUCAUACGCAAGCACUCCGUCGCGCAAAUUUGAAGCCGAUGGCGGGGCCGAUCGACGAAAAGACAUGCAAAUGAACGAGGGUCGAGCAAGCGGCGAGCUGGAAGGCAGCACCCUCGGGAGCAGCUCUCGCGAUGGUGAACGGGGAGGAACUCCGGGACAGCAGAGGACAGGCUCAAGUAGCUUCUUACUGGAUUCAUCGUUUUUGCACAAGUCGAAGAGUCUGAGAGCUAGUCAGCAUCAGCGUCCACGCCGCUCCGAACCCGAUCGCAAAGAGAAGCGGAAGCCACCAGAGGUCGAGAACAACAGUUCGAGGAAGAAAUCACGCUUUCCUUGGAGUCGCUACCGUCAAUCAUUGGAAGAAUCGCUGUCUGUCGACACCAGUUCACGAGCGGUCCGUGAGGAUCCUCAACCGUCGAAUGCCGCGCGCGAAGAAGAACCGCAUGAUGAGCCAGAUAAUACUCAGGGGGAGGCAAACCAGGGCUCAAUAGGUCUCGAUCAGGACUCUAUCGAGAUUGUGAACCUGGCUUUGAACCUGAAUGAGUCGAGACAGCGAGGCAACAUUGGUCGAUCAGCAUCUCAUCGGGUUUCUGGGGGAGCUUGGACAGCCCGGCAGCCGUCUGCUCACUACACGGAUAGUCAUGUGCCAGCUGUUGUGGGAGGUAGUCUGGAGAAUCGCAGCCGAGCCCAAGGACGUCGUAGCCUCACUCAGUCGUUUCCCGACGGUCGUCCUCGGCCUCUGGACCCAUACGCGCAGCAGUCUCCCGUCAAUGAGCAGUUGUCCGUGUCUAACCUUCUACCUGAUACAGUCAAUGACGGCGCCCUGCCGCAUGACAUCUCGGAGAACACACUUGCUAGAGUUGACAAAGCUCGCCGCCACUUUGAACUGUUCAACGAGUAUCUACGCUUACUUCCGUCGCUCCCUCCUUUGAGAAGUCAUGGCGCUGGGGACAGUGGCCAUGAUCCAUCUCGUGUGCACAAUCCCCUUCAGACUAUUCGCAAUCGAAAGGUUAGAUACCGUGAGAAAUGCCCGAUCAACGUCGAAAGGGAAGGUUGGGACGAUGUCGCAACGAUCCAUGAGUGGGUCAACAUAGUAGAGCAACAAUACGGCCAUCAACCGCAUCAACCCAACGAGUGCUUGGAACUUCCGCGGCUAGGUCAAAGAACCUCUCGGCCCCCCCAAGGCGAACACGACGAUGCGGAAUUAUCCGCUGUCGUUUCUCCUUCUGAUAGUGGGGGGCCAGGAAGGCGCUCCAGUAGUGCCAAGGCGCGGAGGCCGAGAUUCGACUGGGUUGUCUCGUCGGCCGAGCUACUGGCCGACGCCGCAUGGGUCGAAGAUGGGUUGAACAAGAGCAAAAUGACUGAUAAGGACGGAAACAGCCUUUACCCAGAUCCAAUGGAGUUGCGCUCCUCAGACGCCAAUUUCGAUACUUCGAGUGUCCAACGAGCGUCAUUGUCUGGAAAGAGGGUAUCCCUGGAUGUUCCUUCAUCGUUUUCAGAUCGGGGCAUGUCCAACGAUUUACAGGGUGCUGGCCGCGGGCGACCCCGGCAUAGACUCCAAAGUCCAUCUAGUCCCAUCCACAGCAGCAGUGCCUCGGCGAAGGGCAGACUCUUCAAACGACGGUCCCGCAGCUCUUCCAGCGUUUCCAUGGGCGCUGGGUUGUCCGAAAGAUCGGGAUUCUCCAGUGCUCUAUCCACGAAUAUUAAGUCAACGCGGGACCCUGACUCACCGUUGUAUCGACAAAAGAAGGGCUCUACAUGGGCAAGCGCAGAUGAGAAGCGACCCUCGAUAUCAUCUGCAGCAAGCAUGGAUGAUCGAUAUCGAAUGUCCCUAGACGCCAUGCAGAGCACUGCUCCAAACUCUCCUAUGCAUCCUGGUCCCUUUCCCAGUAUCGCAGUCAACCUUUCUCCUCAAACUAGCCGUUCGCCCUCGCCACCAUCCAAGAAGCGGUUGUCUCGGAGGAUCGCUGCUCGUCGCGAGCGGAGUAAGAGCAAGAACCGCACUAAAGAGCAGCGUGAGGAUCUUCCUUUAGAUUCCCAGUUUUUGCGCAAGCACCCAUCACCUGCCCAUCUGGAUGUCACAACUCCUUCGGGAACCGAUCGCUCUGAGCAGCUUGAGUCAAGCGCUCACCCAGACCAAGCCUCGUCACCUCACCAGGAUGAUCAACCAAUGGAUGAUACGGCGCAAAAGGGAUCCGGUCACGAGUCUAAACUUCGCGGCAUAUUCAAAGGAAAAGGAAAAGUUACGGCGAAGGUUGGCAACGAAGUCUCCAAAAUGGGCAACUUCAUUUUAAAGAAAGACCAUCCGGUGCACUCUCGUCAGUCGUCAUUCGCAACCAGUGCAGCAUCCGAUGAUGUCGAUCUCGAAACAGCGAAUGUCAGCAAGAGCGUCAAUCCAAAGGGCUUCUUGCGCCGUUUCCCAACCCUGUCUGACGACAAUGGCCGGUUUGCUCGCAAAGAUACGGAGAAAGAUACUCAUGUGCCUUCUAUACCCACUCUAGCGCCAGUUCCGCAGAAUGACCACGAUGGGCAGCGAGAAGCAUCUGAUCUUGAAGGUGCUCGUGAUACAAGAGAAUUGCACAAGAAGGUCGAUGAUACUCAUGCCGCUCAACCAGGCAAAUUUGACACCCACGUUUCCGUGAGAGAUUCCAAUGAGAACUUUGGCAUCGGACCACCAUUUCGCAAUGUUCAGGAACAGAACAGGAAGAAGCAAAUCAAGGAUCCUUCUGUUCCUUUUAGUAUGACCCGUCCUCCCGUCACCGGUCUCGCACAGGCAGAGGCAUCUGCACCGCCUUCUGCUCAAGGGAGACGUCCAACCUUAUCAGGUACCUGGACGAUUUCAGACCGCAGCAUUACUACCCUGGCCGAUCUUGGUGUAUCCGAGAAACGGGAAAUCGAACGCACGCGAGCUCUCCUCUUGUCUUCGGGGAUCAAAGCGCGAGAAAUCACACGCCGCGCAGAGACUGUUCGCGAUCCUCCGCCCGAAUUCCUCACGAAUACGAUGGAUAAUGCUUGCACUUUUACACGGGUGACCCGACUACGGGAAUUCGACCUCGCGGCUCAAAACCUACAGCGAAGAUUUGAAAAGACACAGCUUCAAUUCCAGCAAUCCAUGGACCGUUUUCCAAAGGAGACCGUGUCGCCUUUGAAAUCGCGAUUAAGCGAUCUGGAAAAUCUGGUCAGCCAUUCGCUUACGCCGCGGGUUCAAGCAGUAGCAUCCGACGCCGAAGGCUUGAGCAUUCAGUUGAAUACCACUAGCACGCUAGCUCUGAAGCAGCUAAGUGAUACACUGGACAAAGGUGUUAGAAAGCGUCGCCGUCGAUUACGAUGGGUGAGACGUGCCGGCUUUGUGAUGCUCGAAUGGGCUCUCGUGGGUAUGCUUUGGUGGGUGUGGUUGAUUGUCAUGGCCUUCAAGGUAUUUCGCAGCGCCUUCCACGGUGCGAUUUCAGGAAUCCGAUGGGUUCUGUGGUUGUGAUGGCCGUUUCCAUCUCCUUGCCGUGGGUUUCAUCCAAACCCUAAUACCUAUUUCUUUUCUUCGUGAGUUAGAUGUCUCACAUUGUACACUUUUUUCAAGAUGCGCAUAUACCCCAUCUUCUGGAGUUUCUGGUUUCUACCUUUUAUUCUUUUUAAUAUUUUAUUUGGUCUGCAUGCUUCAUAUGGUUCUUCAAGACAUGUUUGACAUCCUUUUAUAUCCUUCUGUGUUUCUGGUUUUCGCAUUCAUCUGUAC